GCUAGGCUGUUCAAAUGCUUCAAUUUCCUAAUGUUUCUGCGUUAUUUAGAGUCUAAUAAACUCAUUUUUUGAUCUCCCAGAAGACCUCGAUUCAUUAUUGAUAACAGAAAUUGUCUACAUUUCAUACAAAUCUACAUGUCAUACAAAUUAUUCAUCGGACCCUUUUCUAGACAUCCCUUUUACUACAGAUUUCAUAGAUUCACCAUAUUUUACUGAUUUAUUUAUUUAUAGGGUUAAGGCAGGCAUUUUAGUCUUAUGGUCAUAGUAUCAAAUAUCAAUAAAAUAGAAGCUUUUUUGCCAAAUUCAUCCGUACCCAAUCGUAAGCUUGGGCGAAACGUUCUGCUAUAGUGGAGUUCUAGCAAAAUGACGUUGCUUUCAUUGAUUUUAUCCCCUAUGACGAUGGACGGAAAUACCUACCGUGUCCCUAAUAGAAUGUGUGAUGUUUUCCAGAAUACCUGAAAAUGCGGGAUAAGUAAGCUGAAUCCGUGACUGUCCCGCAUAAUCUAAGCGUUACGUAAUUUAUGGAUGUUGUUGUUGAUGGAUCCCGAGGUAAGAACCAUUGAUCACACUUUCUAAAUAACUAAUGAAAAUAAAUUAGGAAAACAAAACAAUCACCCCAGCAACGAAUCAUUAAAUUUGUAAUAGGAAAUAUCCUAUCCUAAACCAGAUAGAUUAAAGCAAUUUUGGUAGCGGUCGAAUGGCAUAUGAAUUUCUAUUUCUAAACGCGCAAAACUAUCUGAAUCGAUUAGAAAUUGCCAAAAGUUAUACACAUAACGUUCUGCGUAGUUAUUCAGGUUCCAUUUUCAGCCUUUCAAUUGGUAAAACAAGACAUACAACAAUCCAUAUAAAAGGGUAAUUAGGUAUCGACAAUAAUCCCAACAUGAUUCUAAACAAUUUCAUACUUAGUGAAUACGCCAGCACCCAGUCCACUGAACGCACAAUCCAAAGUAUCAGUGCUACUUAGGAUUUUCCAAAACCCGGGAGCUAAUCGACUAACAGAUGAUGAAUUUGGGAAACCCAUACGGAAAGGGCAGUAGAUUUGAGAGAUGACAUCAGCUCACAUGGAUGUAUUUUCCGUUUGCAGUGCAUAUCUAAUCUCCCACCAGAAAACCGAAUUACAUAUAAUUGUAAUUGAAAUCGUGUCACCUUAGAAUGACGAAAAUUCAUAUAAAUAUAAAUUCGCCUAUUUCUUAAGUAUCAUUAAGUAGUAGAAUUGAGUCAAAGUAAGAUGACGAAAGUACUCAUAGUUAUUGCAUUAUACCUUGCAACAGUAGCUGCAGGUCCUGAGGAGGACAUUUGGUUGCAGUUCAAUAAACGUAUGCCAAAUGCAUACUAUGGAUUGAAGGAACCCAUUGUGAGGCCUCCCAUUACUGGACGAGUUGUCGGAGGUAUUGAUGCCAACAUUGCGGACUUCCCGUAUCAACUUUCGUUGCGCUACAAUGGAUUCCAUGCCUGUGGAGCUUCGAUCAUUUCUAACCAAUGGGCUCUUUCGGCUGCUCACUGUACUUAUCCGUUGCCUAGUGUGGAUAUUGUAAGCCUUCGUGGAGGCACCGCUAACCGCUUGCUUGGAGGCACCAUAUUCAGUGUUGAUUUGAUUAUUAACCAUCCUCAAUACGUCGAUGAGACUCUUGAAAACGAUGUUUGUGUACUUCGCACUGUGCAAGCUUUGCAAGGAUUGGAUAUUACUCCCAUUCAGCUGGUGCCAGCUGAAACGUAUUAUCCGCAUGGAACUCGCGCCGUCGUGUCAGGCUGGGGUCUCACGAGCGUACCUGGGUCACUGCCAGUCACACUACAGAUGGUUGACAUCCCAGUGGUUGAUCAAGCAACAUGUCGCGCUGGGUGGCCAGAAGGAUGGGUGACCGAUGAUAUGAUUUGCGCCAGUGAGCCAAAUCGUGAUGCCUGCGAUGGAGAUAGCGGUGGCCCACUUGUUACUGGUGGACGACAGAUUGGUAUUGUUUCAUGGGGCGCACUAAACUGUCUUGGUAACGAACCUGGGGUAUAUGCCCGAGUAGCUUUCCCGCUUAUUCGUAACUGGAUCACAGAAGUCACCGGAGUGUAAAAGCUUUUAUUUUGCCAAGAGUUAUUGAAUAAUAAAAUGUAUUUAAU